AUGGAGAAGAUGAAGAGUAAAAGAGAUGUGAUUGUAUGCAGAGGAUUAUGGUAUGCAAUGACUCUACUCUCCAUCUUUGGCCUCUCCAUAUCCCUCAACCUUCUCUUGCCAUCUGGUGACUCCUCGUCUCGGUUCCUAAGAGACGGUGCGGUCAGUGCCACAACAUUCUACGCAGUGACGAUACUCAGAUAUCUUUUCUUCACCGAUCCUCCCUCCACUUGCUACACGGAGUUUACUACACCUAAAAAGAGGAUUCCUCAGGUUGUGUUCUCGGAGCUUGCCUUGUACCUAGUGUUCAUAACGCCGCUAGCUUGUUCACUCGUGUUUACGGAGAACGUGUUGUCUUUGUUAUACAUAUCGUUAUUCACCAUAUCGUUGUUCACCGGAGGGAUAGGGCUUAUUCAGCUAACGGAAAAGUGUAGGAUGGAGACGAGACAUGCUUUGAUCACGCUUUUCUUCGGUUGGUUGUUUGGUCUUUUUGGCAUCUUUGAAGCUUUAUACUCUAAGGACUAUAACGGAGUGGCAUUGUUCGUUACCAGUCUUUAUGUAUUGGUUUCCUUUGGGCUCUUUGCGUAUAAUUUCCCCUCGGAGAAGGAGAAGGACUUGCAUACUUUGACUGCAUCUCCCGAAACGCUUGUCUGA